UAUAAGAGGUGAUUUUCUUUUAUUUGCUUUAGUUAAAACUUUAAGGGAUCAUGCAAUUUCUGUUGAGCAUAGCACCGAGAAAAAACCUUCAUUAAUUUUCCCCCUUUUUUUUUCUUUUUUUUCUUUUUUUUUCUUUAAGGUUUGUGUUAGACAGGAAGCAGCAAAGUUAGUUUCCUGUGUGUCGGUCCUAGCAAAAUGACAGCUUCAGCAGGGAUGCUAGUUUUCAAAAAUGAACCUAAACUCUCACGGGCAAUGGGACAAGAAGCUGGCAAACCUGCCUGGCCCAAACCAGCAGGAGGCUAUCAAACUAUUACGGGUAGAAGAUAUGGAAGAAGACAUGCUUAUGUCAGUUUUAGACCAUCUUUGACCAGCCAAGACAGAAAUGACCUCCACAGCGGAGAAUGUGAAGGAUUAGAACUGGACGAUGUUCAGAAAGAGAAGUCUUUGUGUUCCAGUCCAUUGGUUCAAGUUUGUUCUGGUUUAUCGGAUGAGCCUUUGUUAGAAAAUGUUGGAACUGGAGCACCUGUUUGUCAAACUGUGUCGAGCCAAACUUUUGAGACGAACGCUUCACCGUUUUCUCUAGUCUCUUACAGUCUGGAAGGCAACCAAAUCUCAGGGAGCAUUAUGAAUCCUGAUAAAAUUUCUGAGGACCUUGCAGAAUAUGCUUCUGGAGACUGUAAUGAUUUGAAUGGCCAGAAUGGAAUUGCUUUUGUAAACAUUGACUCUUAUGAGCCAGAUAGCAGUGAUGGAGAGGAUGAUGAUGGCCAAGGUAAUCUUUCCUUGGUGAAGGAAGAAGCAGGUGUAUUUCAGGAAACGCUAGAUAACAUGCUUUCUGAGUUAGAAAAGGGCGUAGAGUCUUUUUCUGAGUUACAGUCCCGGUUAUCCAGUCUUAACCACAGCAUUUCUAGGGAACGUUGUGAAGAAGUGGGACCAGUGCCUUUAAUAAGAUAUUCUAACAUAGAUUCAGACUUGGCCCAUCAAAACAACAGGACACUUAAAAAAUCUGCUGAAGAUCAAGCUAUACUGAAAAGUAACUUGAGUAGUGCUAGUUGUGAAACACAACAGACAAAAAAUAUAGUUGAUGUUGGAAUCAGGACCCCUAUUAGUAAUGAGUUAAAUGUCAGUGAUGGAAAGACUGACCAAGGGAAUUCACCUGAACCAGUAGUGAGACCCAAAAUUAGAAAACAAAAUCCUACAAGCCAGUUGGAUAGAAAGAAGCUUCUCCCUAGUGAUGAUGAAGAGAAGGGCGGUUCUAGGAGGCGAAGUGAAAUUUCUGAAGUCCAGCAUGGGCAUGCAGAGUGCGCCUUGAGGAAUGGCAAAGAAAAAGUGAGUUCCAGUAUGUUCUUUGACCCAAGAGACUACGAAGGUACUCAGAAGAACACAAAAAUAGACCUAAAGAAAAAUGCAAAUGGUCAAGAAAGAAAAACUGUGUUAGAUGAUAACACUUUCUGGGAUGAGUUUGAAGACUGCAGCAGACGCUUCUCAAUGUCCCACAAAGAUGAAGACAGUUCGGAAUGCAGUGAUGGAGAGUGGUCUGCAUCUCUGCCUGCGUAUUUUGCUGCUGCAGAUAAAGACCAGUCGUCGAGUGACGAGAGCUGGGAGACUCUCCCAGGCAGGGAGGAACAUGAACCUGAAGUGCAGAGCAACAGCAGUGGCCUAGAAGAGGAGAACACAGACUUCUGUUUCCAAGGAGGGGAACAAACAUCUUUGGAGGAAGGAGAGAUUCCUUGGCUACAGUACCAUGAAGAAAUAGAAAGUAGCAGUGAUGAGGAAAAUGAUCCAGUUGGUCAUUUUGUGCAUCCUGGCUUCUUUAUGUUGGAUGGCAACAACAACCUGGAGGAUGACUCCAGUAUGAGUGAAGAUCUGGAUGUGGAGUGGAGGCUACUGGAUGAAUUUGGGGAUGGCCUCGGAGUCGCUCAAGCCAUUUCAUAUGUGGACCCUCAAUUUCUCACCUAUAUGGCAUUAGAGGAACGCUUAGCACAAGCUAUGGAGACUGCUCUGGCACAUCUGGAGUCUCUGGCUGUUGAUGUUGAACAGGCUCAUCCACCAGCUAGUAAAGAAAGCAUAGACUGUCUGCCACAGAUUAUUGUCACAGAUGACCACAACGGCCAAGACCAGUGUUGUGCUAUCUGUUGCAGUGAAUAUGUAAAAGAUGAAAUCAUAACAGAGCUACCCUGUCAUCAUUUCUUUCACAAACCUUGUGUAACUCUUUGGUUACAGAAGUCAGGAACAUGCCCUGUUUGUCGUCAUGUGCUUGCACCCAUGCUUCCUGAAGCAGCUGCUGCCACUGCCUCCUUCCUGUCUGAUCAUGAUUCCUCAUCUUCUGUUCACAGUGCAACAGGAACGCCAAACUAGGGUGUGAAAUGAAGUCUUGUCCACCAAAAUAAAAAUGUAAAUUUCUCCUCUUUAAUUACAAUGUGAAAACAGUUAUAUAUAAAAUAUUAUCUGUAAAUUAUUAUAUAUAUAUAGUAUAUAUUUUAGUUUAGAAAGAGGAUGUAAGGCUUUCUAAACUGUUUAGGUUUACAGUAGUAGCUGAAACUUUCAAAUUAGAAGUUGGAAAAACAUGCACCCCUUAUUUUGCAGUAGAAUGUUGCUGUUAACAAUAUCUAAAGCUUGUAUUAUGAUAAAUUUGUCCAAAAAGAUAAUUGAUGUGGCACUUUAUAUGUUCAAGUUCUUGCAACUGCAGUGCAGUUGGAGCAUUAUUAAAGUUAUGCUUAUAAGCUGUUUUACAUAACAUAACCAAACUAUUUGUUUUUGUCGAAGUUAGUGCCACUGAGUGACUUUGUAAUUGAUCUCUCAUGUUUGCAUCAAAUGUGAAGAUGUUCUGUGAUCACAGCAGAAGCAAAAUUUGGUUUCACUGGAAAUAAAUUGCAUAAUGGAACAAUAUUUCUUACGAGUUUAUUCCAUAAAAAACUUUUUCCACAUGUCAGAAGGGCUAUUAAAUUGCUGAUGACAUGACAAUCUGUGCUUUUCAUAACGGCUAGCACCAUUUUUAAGCGUAUGUCCUAUGUAAGAAGUUGAAUCCGUGAGAGCUGAGCACCUGGUUCCUUCAGUUUUUGUUGAAAUUCCAUUCCACUGAUCAGCUCUUUUUAACAUUCUUUUUCUUUGUUUCCUUUUUCUUUAUUUUUUAUAUUGGUUUGGGGGUUCUUUCCUACUGAAGAUAUAGUUAAAAUAUUUCUUAGGCUCUUGGAGUCUUAAGUCUGAAAACUGUUGUAAGAACUUUGUGCACUUAGUUGAGAAAUGCAUUGUCACAGUAUUCCCCAAGGUCAGCACAGGAGAAUGGCAGUGGAAUAAACUGGUUAUUAGGAUAAUUAUUGUAAACUUAUUUCAGAACUAUAAAAAUGAACAUUUCUAAUAUUUCCACUGGUUGUAAUAGGCUGUGCUACAUUUAAUAUUUUAAAGGAAAAAAGACACUAGAUUCUGAAAUAUAUUCCUAUAAAUAAUUUCAUGUCUCAGAAUUUUUGCACAUGCUGAAGUUAAUCUUAUCAGACAGGAAUUUAAGAUUUGGAUGUGUAUAUGUGUACCAAUGGCUGUUCAAUAGGUUGUCUGUGGUCUUUGGAUAGAUAAGCAAUUUCUACAGUGUUGCUGUAUGGGAAAAGUUUAUGUAGGGUUAAAUCCAAACCCUACUCAAACAAUUUUUUCCACUGUUUCCAGUAACUAAGAGUUGAAUUAAGCUCUUGAAAGGAAUUGAUUAAUAAAAUUAUCUUCUUGUACCAACUCUUCAGCUACUCAGUUGUGAUUAUGGCUGCCAUUGUAGUCUCUCAUUCCUUGACAGAUAUUAGUGUGUUCUUUUAACAGCAGUAGAAGUUAAACAGUGCUCAUUUUUGAGGGGCAUAUUGAAUUGUGUGACUUGUUUUGCAGUGUAACUUGUGGACUGGAGCAGAACAAAGAAUUGAUGGCAGUUGACAUGAGUCUACUCCUGAGGGUUUUCAAUUAGGUAAUUCCACACUUCGGAGUAUAAGGAAGCCAAAACAGUAGGCUACUGGUGAGAAGUGGCAGAUGUGGUUAGCACAGCUCCUUAUAGGCUUAUUUUCUUGUGGGAAAACACUGCAUCACAUUUCACUGAAAUAGGCAUCAGUAAGACUUUGGGAAAUGUGAUGAGAAACAUAUACUUCUAGGCAUAUAUCUACUCGUUGGUGAAGUUCAUGCUAAACCACGGAACCAGUGCUGUGGAGUCAUUGAAGUAAUUGAUCCGUGGCUACCAAAUGCUCCGGCCAAUAAAAUAGUAACGCAGUCUAAACUGAUAGUUGAUCCAAGGCCUGUGUGGCGCCCUGGGGUGUAUGUAGAUUUAAGAGAAGGUGGAAAUUAAAACAUUCAUAUCCCUUGCAGGAAAAAACACAGAAGGUUGGACUUCAUUGUUUGGUAGUAUUAAGCUUGUCAAUAGGACAGUUGUGUUCUUCAGUAGCUCCCAUCUGCAGCAGCAAAUGCUGUGACAGAUAUUUUAACCAGCCAUUACUGCUAGAACAGCACAAUAUGAUGGCCUUCAUUAAUCUCUUAACAGUGUUUUAUAAAGGGAAUUACUUUAAUCUCUGUGGCAAGAUUUGGAAACACUCUUGGGCUUUUUCCUUCCUUUGCUGUGUGUUCCUGGCCUCAGCUCUCACUUUUUCCUGUUUCUAAAAAGCUGGUACAUAGUUGUGUAAAAGAGGAGUGUUUGGGUUCUUUUUCUUUUUCUUUUUCUUUUUUUUUUUUUAACUUGAAUGUAGAGGUCUUGUUGGCAGAUCAUCUUUCAUGGCUCCUCAACAGAGGAAACAGCAGGUGAAAGAUCUCUCUAAUGAGGGGUUUGAAAAAGCGUAUGCUGGAGCAUACCCAGAAGAUAUUAAGUGAAAGCGUAUGGCACAGAAUAGGAAGAGUCAAAUGAUAAACCACUGUCCAUGUUUGUUGUGAUUAUUUAAUUUUUUGUGGUGAAUGACAUCAUACCAAAUUGCCAUGCAGAUUCUGUGGUUCCUGCUUUGAAUCUAAAAUGUAUUUGGUUAAAAUAGUCCUGGUUCUUGAAAAGGCCCUGCAAAGUAUUAUUUUUUUCUAAAACAAUAAGAGCUAAUCUUUUUCUUUGUUCAAAGAGAAUAUUCUAGACAUUCUUCAGUAAAAGAGCUUUUAGCUGCAAGGAAAAAUCCUUUUCUUCCAUGUUGGGUAAAAACAAAACAUUCAAGAAGAAAAAAGAAAUAAAAGUGGGAGGAAAAAAAAAGGCUUGUUUCUAUGAGAGGUUCGUUAUCUCUGCAUGCACCGGUACAUUGGAGGCUUCCAACUUCACAGUCUUUUUUAAAAAAAAAAAAAAAAAAGUGGAUAGAAAAAUAACCUACUUUGAUAGUUCAGUAAUAUAAAAUUCAUUGUGCAAAAAGUAUUUUUGGUAAACUAACUGCAAGAUGUAAGCUGAAUGCAUUUGAACACUUCAA